AUGUCGAAAUCACGCACAGGAACUUCGGGCACGAAUGCCCUGCCUAGCAAAGAACAGUCAAUUUUCAAGAACCUGGUGUAUCUGUACGAGCACAAACACUUCAAGAAGGCCAUCAAGCAGGCGGAUGUGAUUCUGAAAAAGUGUCCAGACCAUGGGGAGACGCUGUCGAUGAAAGGUUUGGUCCUUUCAAAUAUGCGACCGGAAAACAAGGAAGAGGCGUACGAGCUUGCCAAGCGAGGCUUACGAUGCGACUUGAAAAACUACGUGUGCUGGCAUGUUUUGGGAUUGAUAUAUCGUGCAGACAAGGACUAUUUUGAGGCUGCCAAAUGCUUUACUCAAGCGGUUCGUCUGAGCCCUGGGAAUUUUCAGAUUUUGAGGGAUCUGAGCAAUCUUCAGAUCCAUGAACGAAACCUCGAAGGCUUCCGAGAGACUCGGAGGCAGAUUCUGGCCACCCGUUCACAGUUCAUUCGGGAGUGGACGGCGUUCGCUCUUGCAAACCACCUGUGCGGAUCGCUCGACGUGGCGCACGACUUGCUGUCCGAAGUUGAAAAGCAGUUUGAAGAUGCCAAGGACAUGGAUUCGUUUGACAAAAGCGAGAUCAUUCUGUACAGCGCGUCAAUCCUGGAGCAAGCAGGACGGUUUGAGGACUGCAUGAAGUACCUCAAAGAAAGAGAGGAGAGAAUCACAGACAAGAUGUCGAUGCUGGAGAUGCAGGGGCGUCUCGCCUUGCACUGCGGCCAACGCGAAGAAGGUCGAAAAGUGUAUUCUGCCUUGUUCAAACGUAACAUGGACAACGACGUCUACGCCCUCUGCCUGCUUGCAUGCCAUGACGAUCCAGAGUUAGCGCGAUUGUGCAAGCUGCCGAUCCGUGAUUCGGCCCAUGACGGGGCGGCAGGACGAGGCGCGUGCGUCGAGCUGCUCCCUGGAUGCUUGGCGUCGACGGGAGAAGGCCGAGCAGGCUGGUUGCCUGGAGCGGAAAACCGCAAGGCGCGCCAACGUCUCGGCCUUCUGGACCCGAACGUCAUUCCUUUUACCGGCUGGAAACGGAGGCGAAACAGCACACCGUCGCCGCUCUUUGUCGUAACUCGCGUGCCGACAGACGCUGAACAGGACCGACUUAUCCAUUUCUUUGACGGCCUCAAGUCGGAGUACGGAAAAGUGUGCUCCCUGCCGUCGUUCUUGGUUCUUUCCUUUCUUACCGGGGACCGCUUUCAGUCCCGUCUGGACGCUUUCCUUCGGCCUGCUCUCCGCAAGGGCGUCGUCUCUCUCUUCUCGUCUCUUCGCCGUCUGUACACUCCAGAUCGCAUUCCACUGAUUACUGCUCUUCUCGAGUCCUACGUCUACCAUUUGGAACAGGAUGUCUCGACGUUUGGUCCCGCCGGGGGUUCGUUGGUCGAGAACGGCAUUCACUCUUCGAGGUGGGAGAAGCGAGAGGAUGAAGCCGCCAACCCAGUCGACUCGUUUCUCGAGAACGCUGCUUCGUCCGAUAACAAGGAGCGCGAGGGAGAGAUGCCAAUGUGUCUUCUCUACUCCUACAUGCUCCUCGCGCAGCACUACGACUUCCUCGGGAGGACCGACAAGGCUCUCGCUGUUGUUGACAAGGCCAUCAAACAUACCCCCACUCUGGCGGAUUUGUAUCUGGUUAAGGGCCGCAUCUACAAGCACGCCGGCGCGUACAAGGAAGCGUGCGACUGGCAUGAGAUCGCGCGGAGCCUCGACUUGGCUGACAGGUUCCUCAACACCAAGGCGUGCUGUUAUUUGCUUCGCGUGAAUCGCGCGGAAGAGGCAGAGACCGUGGCGAAACUGUUCAGCCGUCAGUCCGAUGCGGAUGGCCUGCACAGUAUGCAGUGCAUGUGGUUUGAGCAGAAGACAGGGAAGUGCCACCUGAGGAACAACUCGAUUGGACCGGCUCUGUAUGAGUUCAACGCCGUCCUGAAACAUUUUCGGGAUAUCCGGGAGGACCAGUUCGACUUCCACCCUUACUGCCUGCGGAAGUUCGCCUACCGAGCCUACAUUUCGUUCCUCCGGAUGCAAAACAAACUCACCUCUCACCUCUUUUUCCGUCGAGCCGCGCGUCAGUACGUCCGCACUUUCCUUGCUCUCCAUGACGGCGAACUCGACUUGGAGAAGGCGCGUGCGCGCGCCGCCGAGGCGCAUGCAGUCGAGCAGAAGGCCGAGGGGAAGAAGAAGAAGAAUCGCUCGGCGGCACAGACGAACAAUGGCGCCGCGACGACAGACGCCGGCAGCAAGGACUCCUCGGGCGCAAGGGUGCUCGAAGCCGAGCCUCUGGAAGCAGCCAGCCAGGUCGUGGAGCAACUUCUCGACGCCUCCGCUGCGGACCAACAAACGCACGUCUUGCACUACCACGUCGCUGCGCGGAAGAAGAAAACGCUGGCGAUGCUCCUGGCGGUUGUCCGACUCUGGAGAUUGGCCGAGAAGGACAGACUGACGCCUCGUCUCGUUCCGCUGCUCCUUCACUUCUGCCGGACUGCGUCCUUGGACGACCUACCCUACCUGGAAAUGGCCAAAGAAGCCCUGGCAGAGAUUUUCGGCUCUGCGCCCGAGAACACAGCGGCGUUGCGAGCGACAGGCGACGCGUAUUGGCAAUCCGUUGUGGGCGCAUGCCAGCGGAAUCCUUGGAAUUUUCGGCUUCGACGUGCAGCUGUUGAGGCACAUGCAUUCACCCAGCAGCCGAUUACGCCGGACCUCCCGUUCCUCGCCUUCCAGCCGUUCCCUGCGGGCGUGAGUGAAGACGCCCUCAGGCUUCAGCCUGACAUGCCGACACUCCGAGAAUGUGAGAAACUCCUCGAAGUCCUAUCCAAGCAUGCGUCGGCGAAACCUGCGGCGGAAGCUCUCAAGGCAAUCUGCAAGCAGCGAUUUGCGCUCGCGGAGAAUUUCUCAUAA